AUGCGUUUGAUUAUUCGUGACGAUGCCAACGGCGCCAGCGCCUAUGUCGCAAACUACAUCAUCAGCCGUAUCAACACCUUCCACCCCACUGCCGAGAAUCCCUUUGUGCUCGGCCUGCCCACUGGCUCCAGCCCUCUAGGCGUGUACAAGAUCUUGGUUGAGAAGUACAAGGCCGGCCUGGUCUCAUUUGAAAAUGUCAUCACCUUCAACAUGGAUGAGUACGUGGGCAUUCCCCGCGACCACUCCGAGUCGUACCACACCUUUAUGUGGAAGCACUUCUUCUCUCACGUAAACAUCCACCCCUCCAACGUCCACAUCCUCAACGGCAAUGCCCCCAACCUGGAGGCCGAGUGCGUCGCCUAUGAAGAUGCCAUUAAGAGGGCUGGCGGCAUUGACCUGUUCCUGGCCGGUAUUGGCGAGGACGGCCACAUUGCCUUCAACGAGCCCGGCUCCAGCUUGGCCAGCCGUACCCGUGUCAAGACUCUUGCCUAUGACACCAUCCUGGCCAACUCCCGCUUCUUUGACCACGACAUCAGCAAGGUGCCCCGCAUGGCCUUGACUGUCGGUGUCCAGACCGUCCUCGAGGCCCGAGAGGUUGUCGUCAUCAUCCUGGGCCAGCGCAAGUCGCUUGCCCUGCAGAAGUGCAUUGAGGAGGGUGUCAACCACAUGUGGACCCUGUCCAGCUUGCAGCUUCACCCUCACCCCAUGAUUGUGGUUGAUGAGGAUGCCACUGCUGAGCUCAAGGUCAAGACCGUCAAGUACUUCAAGAGCAUUGAAAAGGUGGCCAUGGACGCCGGAUUCGAGCAGAUCCUGCCGUCCAAGGUCCGCACCGGCAACGGCCCUAUUCCCCAGACCAAGGUGGACGAGGUCUCCUCCCCUACCAUCCACGCUCCUCAGCCCACCACUUCUCGCCUUCUCCGGGCCACUCCGGCCACCGAGUACCCCAUCCGCUCCGUGUCGCCGGAUCUGGUCCCGGACCGCAUGGCCUCCCGCAUCCCUGAGCCCCACCUCACCGACAGGCUGACCCCUAACCCUGAGCAGCAGACUGUUCAGCAGAAUGCCAUUACUGCUUAG